ACCAAGUGAGAUUGUCUCCGUCAACGAUGGCCUUAAACGUGAUCAAGAUCUCCCGAGUCAGCCCUGUAACUAGCUCAACCACCCCACUCCUCCUACCACUCACUUUUUUCGAUUUACUUUGGCUAAAACUCAGUCCAAUCGAGCGAGUGACCUUCUACAAACUCACUGAGUUGUCUUAUGUCUCUUUCUUCUCCUCCAUCCUCCCAAAGCUCGAGCUAUCUCUCUCCCUCGCCAUCUCACACUUCCUCCCUCUCUCUGGUCACCUCAAAUGGAACCCACAAGAUCCUAAGCCACGCGUCUUCGUCUUCUCACAAGACACUGUCUCUCUCACUGUGGCCGAGACCGACGCUGACUUCUCACGAGUCUCUAGCAAAGAGAUUCGUCUCGAGACUGAGUUACGUUCUUUUAUCCCCAAGUUAGAAGUUUCUUCUGAGUCAACGUCUCUUUUUUCUCUACAAGUUACUCUCUUCCCAAACCAAGGCUUUACCAUCGGAAUCACAACUCACCAUGUCAUUAUGGACGGAAAAACCGCAACAAAGUUUCACAACUCUUGGGCUCAUAUCUGUAAAUACGGAACCAUACCGCAAGAUCUUGAUUUACCUUUGGUUUUAGAUCGUACGGUCAUCAAUGUUCCGACCGGACUCGAAUUCAAGAUGUUGCAGCUCCUACCGUAUCUGUCAAAAGACAGAGAUAACGCAAGAACCUUAAAGGUUCCUCCAGCUAAAGAUAUCAAAGACGUCGUCUGGUUCACACUCCAACUGUCUCAAGAGAACAUUGAGAAACUUAAAGAACGAGCCAAGAACGAGUCAAUUCGGUCAGAUCUUUAUUUGUCAACGUUCGUAGUCACGUACGCUUAUGUGUUGACAUGUGUGGUUAAGGCACGUGGAGGUAGUGUGGAUAGACCGGUUCGGUUUAUGUACGCUGCUGAUUUUAAAAACCGGUUAGUCCCGCCGGUUCCUUUGACCUACUUUGGGAACUGUGUGUUACCAAUUGAUUUUUAUGGAUACAAAGCUAAGACGUUUCUGGGGGAUGAUGGGUUUGUUAAUGGUGUGGAGAUUCUAAGUGACUCAGUCAAAGGUUUGGGUUUACGAAGUGUUGAGUCAAUAUGGGAUGUUUAUGAGGAAGGAACAAAAACGAUGGAAUUGGGUACGCAAGUAUUGACUGUUACGGGUUCAAACCAGUUUGGGAUAUAUGGAUUGGAUUUCGGGUGGGGAAGACCUAUUCACACUGAAAUUAUGUCUCUUUACAAGAACGAUGAGUUUUCUAUGUCAGCGAGGAGAGAUGAGAUAGGUGGUGUGGAGAUUGGUGUUUGUUUGAAGAAAAGUGAGAUGGAUGUUUUUAAAUGUCGUUUUUGGGGGGAGAUGGAUUUGGCAAUGAUGUCAAAAUUAUAAGUGGUUCGGUCAGAGGUUUUGUUUGUCGGACUUAAGAUCAAGUAGUGACUUGUGAGUUCUUUUAUGGUUUUUUAAAAGACACAACGGAACAAAAAACUGUGAAUGGUUUUGUCAAUGUGUCACAAUCAUCCUCAUAUGUUUGUAAGUUCGAGGUUGAGCAUUAUAUUAUUUCCCUUUGUGGUGUUUUAUAGGUUUCUUUUCUAUAUAUAUUGUAACUCUUCAAACCAU